UCUACGAAAAAGAGAACGCCACUCUUCGAGUCUUCGUCUUUCCAAACCCACAACGAGCAUAUGGAUGCUAUUAUGCCAGCAGCAGCAAGACCUCCACUCUCGCCUCUCCUCUCAAUCCCCUUCUCCAAAUCCAAACCCUUCCUCACUCUUCCUCCUCCACCUCUCGACCCAAAGCCCAAAACACUGGCCCAAACCCAACAACUCCACGCCCAAACCCUCAAAGCCCAAGCCCAGCCCACUCUCCCUCUCCUCAACCUCCUCAUCUCCUCCUACAUCAAGCACAACCAACCCACAACCGCCCUCAAUCUCUACGCCCAAAUCCGAAGAACCCAAUCCCAUCUCGACACCUUCACUAUCCCCUCCAUCCUCAAAGCCUGCGCUCAGCUGGACGACAUCGAUACUGGCAGAGAAAUUCAUGGUUUUGUUCUCAAAACCGGGCUUGAUUGGGAUGUCUUCGUUCAUAACUCCCUUAUCCAAAUGUAUGCUGAAUGCGGGAGUAUUGGCAAUGCGGCCAAGAUGUUUGAUGAAAUGCCCGAGAGAGAUGUGGUCUCGUAUAGCACGAUGAUUCGGAGCUAUGGGAGAGUGAAGUCUUUUGAUGAGGCUUUGGGUGUUGUUAGAGAGAUGAUGGGCUUGGGUUUGAGGCCUAGUGAUGUGACGAUGAUUAACAUGAUAAGUCUCUUUGCGGAUAUUGGAGAGCUGAGGAUUGGGUGGCCAAUGCAUGGGUAUUUGAUAAAGAAUAGUUUUGAUGGGUUGCCGAGUGUUAAUGCUGGUUCUUGUUUGAUUGAUAUGUAUGUUAAGUGUGGGAGUGUUGAAAGGGCGCGGGUUGUGUUUGAUUGUAUGAGUGAGAGGAGCACUGCUUCGUGGUCUGCGUUGAUUGCUGGCUACAUCAGAUGCCAAGAAUUGGAAUCUGGAAUGGAGCUCUUUGCGAGAAUGCAGAGGGAAAAUGUAGCACCAAACGUGAUCACAAUGCUGAGCUGGGUUAUAGAAUGUGGGAUCAUUAGAGAAUUGGCACUGGGCAAAUGGCUCCAUGCCCAUAUGCUAAGAAAUGGGUUUCAAAUUCCGAUGAAUUUGGGAACGGCAUUGAUCGAUAUGUACUGUAAAUGUGGUGAUAUUAAUAGUGCUAGAGCUUUUUUUGACAGAAUGGGCGAAAGAGAUAUAAUGACAUGGACUGCAAUGAUAAUGGGAUACUCGCAGGCCAAUUGCUUUGAUGAGGCUUUUGAAUUGUUUGGGAAGAUGAAAGAUUUUAAGAUCAGGCCAAAUGAGAUGACGGUGGUAAACCUUUUGUCUCUGUGUGCUGAAGCCGGAGCCCUUGAUCGGGCGAGGUGGAUCCACGGUUUAAUAGACAAGCGAGGGAUUCAAAUAGAUGUCGUUCUUGCUACUUCCUUAGUAGAUACGUAUGCUAAGUGUGGGGAUGUGGAAGCUUCUUAUAGAGUAUUCGAAGAAACAAGAGAGAGAGAUGUGUGCAUGUGGAAUGCUAUGAUUAAUGGGCUAGCGAUGAAUGGCUUCGGAAAUGAAGUCCUUGAACUCUUUUAUCGGAUGGAAAUCGAAGGAGUAGUUAAGCCUAAUGACAUCACAUUCAUAGGAGUUCUUCGUGCUUGUAGCCACUCGGGCCUGGUUGCAAAAGGAAAACAGUUGUUUAAAAGAAUGGCUUGUGAUUUUGGAUUAACUCCAAAGGUAGAACACUAUGGAUGCAUGGUUGAUCUUCUAGGUCGAGCUGGGCUUCUAGAAGAAGCUCAGGAGAUGGUUAAGGAAAUGCCUAUGGAACCAAAUGUUAUAGUGUGGGGAUCUCUUCUUGCUGCUUGUAAAGUCCAUAAGAACUCAGAGCUAGGAGAGGAGGCUGCUCAAGAGCUGCUCAGGCUCGAGCCUUCGAACACUGGCUACAAUGUUCUUCUUUCUAAUAUUUAUGCAUUGCAGAAGAAAUGGAGUAGUGUUGCCAAAUUGAGAACAUCUAUGAAGGACACAGGGACUAGGAAAGUACCUGGAAUAAGCUCAAUUGAACUUAAUGGCUCAGUUCAUGAGUUUAUUACUGGAGACAAGUCUCACUCUGAGAUCCAAAGGAUUUAUGGAAUGGUUGAUGAGAUGAAGAGGAAGCUGAAACUAGCUGGUCAUGUUGUUGACACUUCAACAGUGUUAUUGAAUGUUGAUGAGGAAGAGAAAGAGAAUACACUUAAUUAUCAUAGUGAGAAGUUGGCUAUGGCUUUUGGUCUAAUUAGUACAGCUCCAGGAACCCCUCUCAGGAUUGUGAAGAACUUGAGAGUUUGUGAUGACUGUCAUGCUGCAACAAAAUUGUUAUCGAAGAUUUAUGGAAGGGAGAUCAUUGUUCGAGAUAGGAAUCGAUUUCAUCAUUUCAGUGGAGGAUCUUGUUCUUGUCGAGAUUACUGGUAGACUUGGGGAUUCGUCAACCUAUUUUGUACAGGUACAACCGCGGGAUUUACGUGUACUUAUUCAUAAAAGCAAUUCUAGUAGGGAAUGGCGUUGUGUAGCUUAUAUCAGAUUAUUAUACGGCAUGGUUGUUAAGCUUAUGCAUUUAUUGUUAAGCUUUUUCGUCAGUUAUUAAGCUUA